AUGGCCAAAGAUGAAAGCAAACCAAGUAUGGACGAAGCCAAAUGCUGCGGCGUUGUUGAGGAGGCUACCGCUCGUUCAAGAGAGAGGCGGGACAAAAGGCGAAGGAAACCGAUGCCCUGGAUUGUUCUCAAGAUGACCAUUGCCGUGACUCUUGGAAUCAUUGCGUAUGCAUGCUACGUUUACAUCGGCAGAUUUUGUGUUCCUAUGAUUAAACAUAAUACUGGGGCGCUGGGCGGUCGACAUCUAGGCAUCGGGUUUCUAGUGGUUUUUUGUGUGCUUGCGCUUCUAAUGAUUUGGGCCUAUGUGCGGGUAUGCAUAACGUCCCCAGGCCUCGCAAAAAAUCAUGUGCAGAAAGAAUCUCAACCGAUGGUGGACGAGGCCCUACCGGUCUGGUGGGAUUCCUCCAGGGAUAUUCCAGGGGGAGCUUUCAAUUAUACUCCUGCGCAACAGGAUUCUAUUGCCCAGCCAUUGCGAAACAUGAACUCACAGCAGUCGAUGGCAGACGAUACUGAUCAAGAUGGUGAGCAAUAUUUGAAGUGGGCGAUUUUUGUAUUGCAGCUCGUUCUAAUCGUAGCCGAAGAUAACGCUGCUGUGACCGAUGCAUUUCCUCCUAUUGCUGAAGCACAUGCGGCGCGGUCAACUAAUGUAAAUGUGUCCGCUCACAAUGGAAGUGCGACUCGUCCUUCUCGGAUGUAUACGAGGGAGCCUUCGCAAUAUCCGGUCCUUGUUCCACAGUAUCGGUACUGUCACAAGGAGGGCUUUGUCAAGCCGCCAAGGGCUCAUCAUUGUCGUGCUUGCGGCACGUGCGUGCUUAGAUAUGAUCAUCACUGUCCAUGGAUCGGACAAUGCGUUGGUGCUCGCAACCACAAGGCAGGUCUAUCUGCGUAG